ACGGGGAAUAGACAAAUGAACCGAAGGCUAUUUGUAUUGCUGACAGUCAUUUAUCUUGAGAAAAGACGAAGGCAGGAAAGCUACAUUACGCGCAAUUGUUGCUGGGAAGAAACCAAUAACAAGAUGACUAAAAUGGUGAUGGCUUACAUUGGGUUCCUUCUCCUUGCCAUGCGUUUUUCGUCACAGGUCCACGCGCAAAACACUACCCCACAGUCCCCUGCCAUGAAUGCUACGACCAAAGCUGGCGGUGCGAGUUCCAACAUGACCAAGAUACCCGAUGUCACCAAGAACAACAUUGCCAAAGGAGCCAGUGCAUCUUUGCAAUCCAGCUCCUUCACGCUCAUCAUAACCAUCAUGGUGGGGGGCUCACUACAGGGGCGCUUCUAGAGGGCUGUUGCGCAGUGAACAGACACCGGCUAGACUUACAUUUUGUAUGAAUCAUGUGAUAUGCGUAGAUUUGUUUUUUAAGGCCAGGUUCAAUAAACCUUUGAAAUGUAGAAUACUUGUGACACGUUUCUUGUAUAAUAAAAAUACUUUAACAUAA